CUUUGAUGUGUGACGCACUGGGGAGACGCCUCUAACCAAUUCGACUCUCUCUCACACACACACACACACACACACACACACACACACACACACACACACACACACACACACACACACACACACACACACACACACACACACACACACACACACACACACACACAGACUGGAGGAAACAUAAAAACACUUUUCCGUUCCUCUGCAAUGUGGCCUCAUUGAACAAUUCAGAGUUAUAGGACACUGUGCAUAACAGUUCUAUUGGCAGCUAACUACUGUGUCCCACAUGUAUUCAAAUGCCUAAAUAGACUUAUGCAACAUUGAAAAAAAACCCACAUAAAACUGACUGAAUUAUAUUCAUAUGUGUACGCUGGAAUUUUGAGAUUUUACCAUUAGAAUUUGAUUACUUAAAGGGCUCUAAUCAUUCAUCUGAAUUGCUGAGACGGCAAGUGUUGGAGCAGGUGGACGCAUCAGGUGCAACUUCGAGCCGCGGGCUUUAGGACCGCGGGACGAGAGCUACAGUGAGACUGAAGAAGAAGAAGAAGAAGAAGAAGAAGAAGUUGAGGGCUUCUCGAACCUGCUCCCGUCUGUCACUCGUACCCAAGUUCGGCUGCUCCAUGGAUGCUGAGCUGUCCUCGAGGAGGUGGUUUCUUUUUCAACUCUUUUGGACAAGCUCGUCACUUUUGUGAGCGUUCAUCGAAUUCAAAGCGGGGCCAAAGCUUAAAAAAUGGGGACGUCAAGAGGGCACCUGGCCAACUUCGCAUCGCCCUCUCAUCUGUUCUCCUCGUCGUCAUGAGGCUGCUGUGGAGCAGAGCUACAGCUGUCCGGAGGAAAAUGCUCUGCCUCUGGCUGCUGCUCCUCGGCUUCGCCCUGGUUACUCUGGUGCUCUCGGACCUCUUCAACAACCGACACCGGGUCCCCGGCCACCAGAACCCUGCUGCCCCCCGCCGCCCCCUGCAGGGGCUUCCCAACGCACCGGACCUGGAGGUGAUAGUGGACGCCUGGGACCCUGCGUUGGAGCUGGGCGUCGAUCUCGCCCCGCUGAAGUCCCUGCAAGAAGACCAGCUUCUGUUCGUGCGGGGAACCAACAACCCGCCGCAGAAGAAAGGGACUUACAGGGUUCUGCUCCCCGCGGCGGCGAACAAGGAUUCCCGCGUGCCCGCGCCACCGACGCGCGGCGAAACGGGGAAGGCAGCGCGGCCACGUCCGGAGGCCGCGGGGGGCGAUGUGGAGUUUUCGGCGCUGCAGAAGUACGGGUUCAACGAGGUGGUCAGCGAGGGCAUUUCACUGCACCGCGGGCUGCCCGAGACGCGCCAUCCCGAGUGUUUGGGGGAGCAGUACAGCGAGUCGCUGCCGUCGGCCAGCGUGGUUAUCUGUUUCCACGACGAGGCCUGGUCCACGCUGCUGCGCACAGUGCAGAGCGUGCUGCGCACUGCACCCCGGCAGCAUCUACAGGAGGUUCUGCUGGUGGACGACCUUAGCCAGCACGGUCACCUGAAGAGCGUGCUGAGCGAGUAUGUGUCUCACCUGGACCGGGUGCGAUUGAUCCGCAGCACCAAGCGCCUGGGGGUCGGAGGGUGUCGCACCCUGGGUGCUGCCAGGGCUGCAGGGGAGGUGCUGGUGUUUAUGGACUCCCACUGUGAAUGCCAGAAGGGAUGGCUGGAACCACUGCUGGAGAGAGUGGCCCAGGAUAGGACCAGAGUGGUGUCCCCCAUCAUGGAUGUGAUAGACUGGCAGACAUUUGAGUACAACGCCACCCAGUGGCCAGUCAGAGGAGUGUUUGACUGGAGACUCGACUUCUACUGGGAAUCUAACGCUCUGCUGCAAGAUAAAGACUCGGAAUCAGCCGCUCGACCUCUGCAGAGCCCGGCAUUAGGAGGCGGAGUUGUGGCCGUGGACAGACAUUUCUUCCAGAGUGUGGGAGCCUACGACCCUGGGAUGCUGCUGUGGGGAGUGGAACAAAUUGAGCUGUCAAUCAGGGUGUGGUCAUGCGGGGGCACCAUGGAGGUGGUUCCUUGCUCUCGUGUGGCCCAUCUUGACCAUCACCACCCGCCUUACCGCUUCCCAGACCAGGAGCUGCUUCAGAGGAACAAGAUCCGGAUAGCCGACACCUGGAUGGACGCAUACAGGAAGGUCUUCUACAGGAGAGACACACUCGCCCAUUUCAUCAGGCAGUCUGAGAGCCCCGACAUCACAGAGCGUCUGCGGCUCAAGAGGAAUCUGGGCUGUCGCAACUUUCACUGGUACCUGACUACAGUUUACCCACAACUUUACAUCCCCCAGGACAGACCUACGCUGUCCGGCGAGCUGUACAACGUCGGCACUGGCAGCUGUGCGGACUACCCCCGGGGGCCGGGACCGCAGGGCGGCGCCAUGAACGCGGCGCCGUGCAGCGGGACGGGCAGCCAGCACUGCGAUCUGAACUCUGAGUUUGAAGUGCGUUGGGGUCCCGCGGGGGCUUUGUGUCUGGACGCCAGUGGCGAGAGGGCGGUCUUAACUCCGUGCCCCACCCACAGACCCACCGCCAGCAGACUCAAGUGGAAGUUCAUAAAGCUGAGCGGUCAACUGGUUCACCAGCAGUCCCAGUUGUGUCUGGAGGCCGUGAUGGGAGGAGGUCUCACACAAAGCGGCCAGAGGGAAGUCAACACCAACGCAAAGACGGGAGGCCUCUUCCUGCGCCCCUGCACCCAUCACCCCAGACAGCAGUGGCACUUUGAGCAACUAGUAGCUCCUAAAGGUGCCUGA